UCAUGGCUAAAAAAAAGUUGAUUUUUGUCACUAAAUUUACUUGCACCAGUGCUAAUGGUUUAUUUUUCCUUUAAAAAGAUUGUUGAGCGGCUUAAGAAGUUUUUUGAUAUUCUUGGGGGUCCUUCGACAUUUAUACAGGCAGCAGUCCCACGCAUUCUUCAGCAAACUGAAGAUGUAUUCUUUACAAAGACCAUUAAUAUACUAAAGCAGACUUCUGAUAUUUGUUAUGAACGAAUAAAGAAGAUUCCUUGCAUUUCAUGCCCAUAUAAACCAGUGGGAUCCAUGGCUGUUAUGGUGAUGUUCAGCACUGAUGGUUAUGCAUUUCCAGAGACUUUUUACUUAGUGAUUUGGGUUGCUGAUAAGAGUAUCAGAUCUGGGUUAGAGUUGGAAGAGUGGUUGAUUUGUUAUCUUAGUUGGAAAAUUCGUCGAAAAGAUGAAGAGCGCUGCGUUUGUGGCUAUUGCUGCUGCAAUUGGUAACUUCUUGCAAGGUUGGGAUAAUGCCACUAUUGCAGGGGCUAUAGUGUACAUAAAGGAGGACCUGAGUUUGGAAACUACUAUAGAAGGGCUUGCUGUGGCCAUGUCACUCAUUGGAGCCACACUUGUCACAACUUGCUCGGGUCCCAUAUCAGAUUUGAUUGGUCGGCGUCCAAUGCUAAUAAUGUCGUCAAUGUUCUACUUUGUUAGUGGUUUGGUAAUGUUGUGGUCUCCUAACGUCUAUGUUCUACUUGUAGCGAGGCUAAUAGAUGGAUUUGGAAUUGGUUUGGCUGUUACUCUUGUCCCUGACUAUAUAUCUGAGACUGCUCCGGCAGAUAUAAGGGGGUUGUUAAAUACUUUUCCA